AUUUUGUAUUUAGAAUGGUUCCCUGUCAUGUAGACUUGGACCAAGAAACAGUAGAAGGUUGACAUGUGAAGCUCAGAAAUGAGUGUAACACUAACUAGGGCUAUAGUUCAGACGACAAAAAUUCCUUUUCUUCAACUUAGUCGUCAGAUCCAUGUAUCAUCAAGAAAAGAAAAGGGUAGUGCUAAGUGGAGAAUCAGUCAGGGUCAGGCCAGAUCAGGAAAUGAAUAUGGAUUAUUGACAGAAAUGCCUGAUUACUCUUUCUUGGAUGGUAGACCAACACCUCUGUCUUUGAGACAACAGAAGAGGAGACAGGAGAAGAUAGAAGUAGCGAAAGAUAUUAUGAAGAAAUUAGGACAAAUAGAUUUUGCAAAAGAGAGAUUUGAACUACAGGAACAAUCUAGACAACAACAGAGACAGUCUUUACUGGACAAUAAAUUAAAAGCUAAAAGUUGAUUGUAAUCUGUAUAGUUAGUUUGUAUAUAAUUAUCUAUUAAAUUUUGUACAUCA